AUGGUCACUCGUGAACACACUGAAAUCGCCUUCGCCGUCAACCAAGCCGUCAACCAAGCCACCGUCAAGGCUCUUGAACGCAUGGGGCUUGAGAGAGCUAUCGAUCAAUAUGCAAAUGCCGAUAUUGACGUGAAUGGGAAAAAGAAACAGCCCGAUAUGGGCUUGGGGCCGAGAAGAACCCCUCGCGGCUGUAAGAAGCGGCCCACGGUAAUCUUGGAAGCGGGGGUUUCAGAGACUGAAGCCAAACGCCGCCGGGAUGCCGAUCUCUGGCUUGACCCCAAUAGAGGGAAUGCCAAUGUUGUGAUUACCAUCAAGCUCAAUCACAAAAAAGCCCUAGUCAAGAUUGACAAAUGGGUAUGGGAUGGUGCCAAUGGCACAUCCGUUCUAUCACAACAUAUCGAGGUCUCCGAAAAUGACCUCGAUGAGGUCAAACUAUCCGGUGGUCCAUUGACCAUCCCAUUCAAUCUUCUUUUUUUACGAGAACCUGAAGUCACCCGAAAGCCAAUAAUACAUGAGGGAGAUGGCCGGAGCUACGAAAAGCAAUCCCUUCCCGGAGUCUGCCUCGAAAUGGACCCAUUGACUCUUGGUCCUUCUUCCACUGCCAAUCCUCCCUCUUCUCUCAUUAACCAGGCUCCUCCGCCGCACAGGAUGGUGACACCCCCCUGGUGGGCCCCGAAACAGCCCAUUCUUCCUCCCGCGGCGUCCGACCCAGUAGAACCAGCGCUGCGCGAAGUCAGCGCGCUGAAUGAAAGACUGACAGAUGCCGAAGACAUCAUUUCUCGCCAAGAGAGCGAGCUCGACCAUGUAGUAGGGUGCUAUUCGGUCUACCACGAGGAAUAG